AUGGGAAAGAAUCGACUAGAAGAUGGACAUGCGAUGGUGACGGCAAAACAUAUGGCCAUACGGCCCAUACUGAAUUCAUGGGUUUCAACUUCUCGUGGGCCGUUAAAACAUUCGGUGCCCCCCUCUCCACCUUCCGCCGCGGCUUGCUCCGCUCCUCCGACCAUGGAUUGGACCGGUGAUGGGCGGCCUUCUCCUUCGGGCUUCGCCUUCUGGCCGUGGGUGGUUCCGACGCCAGCAGAGGGUGUGCAUCUCGGCGUCAUCAGAACCGCCCCCAACGUUGCCCUCUCUUUGAGAUCGUCUCCCUUCUCUCGCCGCCGGCAACGUCUGCCGCCUCCAGAUCUGAAAAAAAUUGAAGAUAAGAUUUCCAGCGGCGCCAUGAUGGGAUCCCAUGAGACGCCAAAGCAGAAGUGCAGUCGACGCUUUUUGACUACUUGCACUGGUGUGGGUAUGAGCUUGUUGGACGCUAAGCACAUUAACGAAAAUUCGCCUAGAUUCGUGGCGAAGCUGAUUGCAAAGGUCGAGAAAACGGGAGCUUGUGCUGGUGUUAUCAACGAAGAGGAAACAAGUGUACCGAACAAGUAGCCAAGUGAAAGCAAAAGAAGGGAGCUAAGGCAGCCAGUGAUCCAUAUGCCUUUGUCCAAACCCUGGGAUUUAGCGACUUUCGGUGAAGCUACAUUCGGACUGUUCGCUUUGCCAUCGCUCAACUCUAUUGACUUGAGACUAGGUUGAGGGAGUCGAUCAAUUGACCUCGUACCUCGUCCCACGAGUACACUAACGAGAGAGGAAACCUUACUCUGCUGAGCUAUUCGGAUUUAGAGGGGCUUUUGUUAUCUUGUUUUGAAGGGGUAGUUUCGUAGCAGGUUUUUUCGGAUGUUUUCUAGGAUCAAAGGGAAGCUGCUAACCUUAUACUCAGGAUUUGAAGAGUUGGGCUGGCGGCAGGGCGUCGUUCACUGUACUGCUCAAGGAGAAGAGAGGUGAAAAUGGGGAUUCGAAGGUCGAAAAAAGUGAUUGGUUGCGUUAAUUUUCUUUUUAGUUUUUUUAGUGUUUAUUUGAUGUUUUUUUAUAAAGUUUUAAAA